AUGCGAACAGCGACUCUUGCCACGACCUCCAAGGCUCCGCCCACAGGCUUCCCAUUAAACCUCCCGAAAUGGCUCUCUGAGAACUCCCAUCUGCUCAAGCCACCGAUCAACAACUACUGCGUCUACAGCGAGCCCAUGAUGGUCAUGGUGGUCGGCGGUCCAAACGCUCGCACCGACUACCACAUCAACGAGACACCCGAGUUCUUCUACCAAUACCAAGGUCGAAUGCUGCUGAAGACAGUGCAAGAGGUCAAUGGCAAAGACGAGUUUGUGGAUGUAUACAUCAAUGAGGGGGAGUUGUUCUUGCUGCCUGCCAAUACCCCACACAAUCCUGUGCGGUUUGCGGAUACCGUCGGCUUGGUCAUUGAGCAGCCACGACCGGAGGGUAGUCUGGACAGACUGCGCUGGUAUUGCGACAACUGUGGCGAUGUGGUGAAAGAGGACGCUUUUCAUUGCACGGAUCUGGGAACACAGAUCAAAGAUGCCGUGAACAAGUUCAAGGCAGACGAGGCUGCGAGGAAGUGCAAAAGCUGUGGAACCGUCAUUGACACGGCACCAAAGCCCGAGGAGAUGGAGAGGAUGCGGACAUCUCCAUCAUAA